UGAGCCCACAUAUGGACAGCGGAUGAGCCCAUUGCGUAGGAUCGAGGCUGUAAUGGCGGCUAGUUCGCGCGCACGACGGUAAAGAACUGAAGGUGGUUAGCGAGAAACAAGCGCAAUGGAUGAUAUAGAGGUUCAAGUCAAGAUACGUGAUGUGAAUCCACACAUUGUGUGUAGCCUUUGUGCAGGGUAUUUUGUUGAAGCUACAACAGUAACAGAAUGUCUCCACACAUUUUGCAAGAGCUGCAUAGUGAAAUACCUACAAUCAAGCAAGUGCUGUCCAACAUGCAACCUACAAAUCCAUGAAACACAGCCACUGCUUAACCUGCAACUAGACAGAACUAUGCAAGAUGUAGUGCACAAAGUUGUUCCAGGGAUUGAGGAAGAUGAGGAAAGAAGGAAACGCGAGUUCUAUGACUUACGAGGACUGCCUGUUGAGAGGCCAGCUAUGCUCAUACAUGCACUUGAACAAGAUCAUGGUGAGAAGCCACAACACAUAAAAAGAGAUUUCUCAGAGCACAAGAACUCUUACCGUGAUGAUGAGCUGGUAUCACUCUGCAUUGAGAGAUAUGGCUCUGAUGAAGAUGAAGAAAAUUCAGACCAUGACAACAGCAUGGAGGGAGACUCUAAGAAUCAUCCAGUCUGCAAGAGUUCUAUAGUACAUCUUUUGGCUUUUCGUUUGGAUCACUUUGUCUUUCUACAAGCAAGUCAAUCAUGUCCUUUGUAUAAAUCAACACAAGGUUUAAAAGACUCUUUCCAAGAAGUAUUUAAGGUGUUCCGUGCGCAUGCGCAUUCUGAACCUUCAGAGAUAUCUCAACACCAAACUCAAACUCCCUGUCACUCAGAAGGUGGAAGUCUUGUGCAACAAUCACGUUAUUUUGCCAUGCCGGACCAUGAAGUUUGUAUGGAUCACGGAGUGGAUCGACAAGGAAGCCCCCAUGGUACUGCAAUACCGUAUAACCGAGUACAGUUAAUACUUACAAGAUCGUGAGUGGAGCCGAGCCCAGCGUAAGAUUUUUUACCUUCUAGGGCCAUAGCGAGUAACAAGCCUUGGCGGACUCAACAUGUAUGUGAUCCUCGUAGGGCGGAAAGCAGCGGUACCUUGACAGAGGGUGAAUAGAGACGCGUGCCAACCAAUCACAAGACCGACUUUUGGCGGCAAAUAUUUGCGGAAUUAUCCUCGAGGUGUAAAAAAAACAUAUGGUGGUAUCACGGCGAUUGCAAGAUGUUAUUAAUUAUGCUGUUUGCGGUCACCGGACUGAGAGAGGGGUAUAGAGGGCAUUCUUACGUAUGAUGGCUGAAAAGCAUCUAGCAUUUUCUUGAUAACUGUUUCUAAUAAACAGAAAAUAUUCCGAGUAAAGAAUUUUCAUAAAAGUGAACGUUUUUUCCUGAGAAAGACUACGAAAACUCCACAGAUUAAUUCGUUUCGCAUGAGAAAAUGUUCUUGUUGCAGGGUACAAGUUAUUUAUAAACAUGUGUGUAGGGGGGGACGGGGAUAUAAUUGUGCACUAAUUAAAGACCUUGAAAAUGAUUUACUUAUUAAGAAUUUU